CACCGAUGGUCCCACCACUGCCUCCACCCACUUUGAAGAUUGUUCCGCCGCCGCUGGGGCUUAUGCCUGUGUCAAUGUCCCUUCUAAAUCUCCGUACUUUUUACUUGACCCUAAGCACGAAGUUCACGAAUUGCAUUAGUGACUCUGUUAGUGCAGCCUGGGUAAAAAAUGCCGAUCGGCACGGAGACAUGAAAAGUGCGGUUUGCUGCUUAUUCUCUCCUCCUGCCACCGUCUUUAAUUAAACUCUUUCGGUGACAAACACGGCACAAAAACAGAUCAGCCGCCAGGUGGUGUUGACUGGCAAAACAUGGGUAAAUUGGAUCAUACAAAAGGAAAGAGCCGAGGACUGCGGGUAUAUUUCGCCAUAUCCAUUGUGGUCUGUUUGGGAUUCGCUGCCGUAAUAUUCCUGACGGAUUCAUCUACUUUGCCAAUAAAACCCUGGAUCAAACCAGCUCACAUAAGAUCAUAUUCAGUCAGGCCCAAAGAAGUUCAAGACAAUCCGACGUCAGGCGACUCACACCCGAAGAGCUUGAUUCCAAAGGACGCCGGACCUAUCAAAAUAUCCGUGUCACUUGUGUCACCGACAAGAGAUGCCAUUAAAGUCGGCGACAUGCUACACUUCCUGAUAACUUGCACACAUGAGGACGGUACCCUGCUCGGCUUGGGAGGCGGGCUUUGGUACGCCACCCUGAGCUCCAAGUCCAACCCAAAAGCGAGCACCGCUGGGAAGAUCGUGGACCACAACAACGGCACGUACAGCGUCUUCGUGUUCGCUGCCUGGGCAGGUCAGGGGACCAUCGUCGUCCGGCGCGUCCUCAGCAGCGAAGCCGUAAAUUUCAUGCUGAAUACGGUGUGGCCCGCCGAAGAUCGCGUGGUGUGGCGGGGUUUGUUCAAGGUCCCCGGCGCGAAGGGCAAACUGUCGUCGGGGCUGUGCAGGCUAAGUCGGCGAGGGAACUGGACGGGCAAGUGCGUGUACCCAAACAAAAAGGCACUCGGCAAGACGGUUUUCCUGUGUGACAAGCCAAGAGGUGUGAACUGUAGCACUCUUUAUGCGACAAAGAGCGACAGUAGAAGGAUAUCGGCCAGGAUGAGAGAACUGUCCCGAGGAAAAGAGGAUUUAUUCCAAAGGGCUAAGUUGAAGCCAAUGAUUCAACUCCUGGAUCCAACAGUUAAAAUCUCCGGUGCAGGAGCCGGUGCUGUUGCCGAUCCACCUUUGCCUCGGUGUCUGCCGGACAUGCAGUUACCGGUCAGCCAAGGCUUCUGGCUGGAAGACAAGUGGCAUUCCUUGCUCUGCGAUAUCAAAGACUGGACUGAGAAAUCCAACCUGACGUCGUGCUUACGAGGCAAGACUGUGCUCCUGUUUGGCGAUUCGACAACCCGCCAGUGGUUCGUGCACAUUCUCGACCUGAUGGACAGAAAGUUUGUGGGCAGACUGGACGAUUUCCCGUUUUUCUGGCACAGGUAUUACAAGGAUAUCGACUUGUCCAUCACGAUCUCGUUUCCAAAAGAGCUGGUCGGCAGCGCAACCGUGGAACUGGGCAAGGUGUUUUACGAGCACGACUUGAUAGACAAGCUGAAUGACACGAGAUGCAACUAUGUCAUCAUGGUCAGUCCAUGGGCGCACUUCAGCCAGUGGACGCGCGAGAGUUACACAGAGCGGACCCAGCUGUUACGAGAGGCGCUGAUCCGGCUCCGAAGGCGGUGUCCAGAGACCAAGAUCGUGCUGAAGGGGCCCCACCCCAGGGACCAGAAGGACUUCGACGCGAAGAUCUACUGUAGUGACGUGAUUCUGAAGGGAAUAGGCGAGAUCAACCAGCGGUUGCUGGGCGGGAUCGGUGUAUGGUUUCUACCAAUCUGGGACAUCAACUUGGCCUUCCCAGGCCGAAAAACAAUCCACAUGCCUGUCACUGUCAUCCAUGAAGAAGUGAAGUUGUUCUUCAGUUACGUGUGCGGUGACAGCAAGAUGCCUCCUCUAAAGGCACCUUGAUAACUCACCAAUGCCAGGAAAAACUCUCCUUGAACUGAAAGCAUCUUCUCAAAUUUAGUAGAAGCAACCUUAAGGCCAAAAAACAGUGAUUCGCUAUGAAACGUUUUUAAGUUGACAACAAAGUGUUCGAAGAAUGGAUUCGCAUCUUAGAAACUAAGAUAUAUUUAAACAUGGUGUCUGAAACCGUGAAAACUCAGACAGAUCUCCCUUUCUCGGGAACGUAUGCAUUUUGUUGUAGAUGAAAAUAAAGCGAAAAAUGAUGUGAAAUUAGGAACAGAUAAAAUAUUAUGACUUUAUUUGCCUUGAUGUGUACAAGAAUCUUUCAUUAGAAAAUUCUAGGCUCACUUAACUUUGGAAUAAAAGUUCUUGUUUCUUCUUAUACCACUUUGGAAUAAUAUGCUUUGCCUGUAAAUACAUUUGUUGUGGGGGGGGGGUUCAGUUACUUUAUAUUACUUUAUAUUACGGUGGUGGCAGUCAGUGUUUGUGUUUAGGAUAGACGGGAAAAUGCGCUUUGAAACAGGACUUGUCUUUAAAUGCCAUGAAUGAGCUGCUGUCUGCAAGACUAAAGUUCCCCGUAAGAGGAAGAGUAUUGAGAAGGACUCUGGAGUCGAUAUUCCAGAGGUCGAUAUAAUCACGGAGACUCUUGUCGAUACUCUCGAACGUUUGGGGUGGGGGCACUGAGUCGUAAACCGAUGGGGUAUCCGUCGACUAAUGGGAGGGGAGACCAUUUAAAGUGCUGGUUAAAAACGAACGUUGUACUUUACCGACCCAGUCGCUGAACCACAAGCGAUAAUUUUUAAGAAUGUAUGAACCGAGAGAGGAACCAAUAGAGGGCGCGAUUUUCUUAGCAACGCAGGUUCCUCUGGGAGGAACUGCACCUCGCUGGUUCACAGACGACUACGAAAUGCACGCGUUAUGGU